GCGGCCAUGUCAGGUAAUCGCAGCGGCACAUCGCCGCAAACCAUUGGGUCGGGUCCCCCACGUUCGACGUCUCCAUACGGCGGAGGCUCGCCGUCUCGCAGUUUCUCGACCGCUCGACUCGCGAGUCCCGUUCCCUUCGGCACUCCUCCCAUCAGACAGAUCCCCACUCCGCGCCAGCUCGACGGUCAGGACGAUGUCCAAGACGACAACGAGCCCUUGCCCGGAGCUUCAUACCCUCGCGGCUCCAUCCCCGGACCCGGCCCCUCGUCUUUGUCGCAAGCCUUGAGAGGAGGCUUCGCUGGAAGCCCGCCUCGCUUCGCCUCUCCUGCUCCGACCGGCUCAGCCUAUCCCGACGAUUCUUCGUACUCGCAAAGUCCAAAUAAGAAUGAAGACCUCGAGGUCUUGCGCCGACACUUGGUUGGCCCUGCACAACGCACCUCACACCAGAAUCUCCAAGUCUCUUCCUCGUUUCAGCGCCAAUCAGCCCUNCCUGAAGUCGCCAAGUCCGUUGAGAAUGGCCCUGGCAUAGAUGACGACCACUUCUCGAGUCUCCAGUUACAGGGUGGAGAUAUGACAAGACACAUCUACCGCUACACCGAAGAACGCGAGCGUGAAGAGGUAGAACGCCAGGCUCGUGAGACUGGUCGUCUGAAGAGAAGUCUGAGUGUCAAUCUGCCUCGUCCGAACGAGGAUGACCCAGAGCUUACAAAUAUCAAAAUGCCUGGCGGUCUGCGCAGAGACUACAUCCGCCGGACUGCCGCCUCCCCUGCCCCUGAGACACGCUCUUCAAGACCCAACUACGGCUCCACUCGUGCUCAGACCGAACCUCCUGCGCGCCAACAACCUCAAUUCUUGGCUAACAACUUUAUCGAAUUCCUCACCCUCUACGGCCACUUCGCUGGCGAAUCACUCGAAGACGACGACGAGGCUCUUGGUCCUGAUGAAUACUUCGCAUCCGAGGCGUACGACGACGACAACGAUGAUCAGGAUGGCCAGGAGCGCGAGUGGGGUGAAGACAGUGCUUUACUGACUCCUGGCAAGCGCAAGCGAAGAAGAAAGGAGCAGGUUGGCAAGGGUAGCCCUGGUGGUGCUGCUAUGCUUUUGCUAAAAUCUUUUGUUGGAACUGGAGUCUUGUUCUUGCCCCGCGCUUACCUCAAUGGUGGCAUGAUGUUCAGCAACAUCGUCCUUCUGAGUAUCGCUCUCCUCAGUUUCUGGUGCUUCAUCCUGCUCGUCAACGUUCGUCUGAAGGUUCACGCCUCGUUUGGUGAUAUGGGCGGCAAGAUCUACGGUAGAUGGUUCCGUACCCUCAUCAAUUCCUCUCUCGUCAUCAGUCAGAUCGGUUUCUCCUCGGCCUAUAUCGUCUUUGUUUCGGAAAACCUGCAGGCUUUUGUUCUGGCUGUGACCAAAUGUCGCACCUUUAUCGACAUCAAGUACAUGAUCUUGAUGCAAAUGGUCGUCUUCUUGCCUCUCAGCUUGUACCGAAACAUCAACAACAUCCAAAAGCUCGCUCUGGUUGCUGAUUUGUUCAUCGUCCUUGGCCUCGUUUACCUUUACUACUAUGACAUCCUGACCUUGGUCAACAACAACGGUAUAGCCGAUAUCAUCCAGUUCAACAAGGAUGACUGGACAUUGUUUAUCGGAACUGCCAUCUUCACCUUCGAGGGAAUUGGUCUCAUCAUCCCUAUCCAGUCUGGUAUGAAGGACCCUCAGAAGUUCCCUCGUGUCCUGGGUGUCGUCAUGGUUGCAGUCACUGUGGUCUUCAUCUCCAUGGGUGCUCUUUCAUACGCCGCGUACGGCAGCGCGACCAAGACUGUCAUCAUUCUCAACAUGCCUCAGGAUAACAAGCUUGUCAACAGCGUACAGUUCAUUUACUCUGUGGCCAUCUUACUCUCGACUCCUUUGCAGAUCUAUCCUGCCAUCGAGAUUACAUCUCAACAGCUCUUCAGUCGUACAGGCAAGUACAACCCCUGGAUCAAGUGGAAGAAGAAUGUGUUCAGAUUCUUCAUGGUCACGCUGUGUGCCGUCAUUGCAUGGGCUGGUGCUGGACAGCUUGACAAGUUUGUCGCGCUUGUCGGCAGUUUCGCGUGUAUCCCACUGGUCUUUGUCUAUCCUCCUCUUAUGCACUACCGUGCUGUUGCAACUCGUUCUUGGCAACGUGUUACCGAUAUUCUGCUCGUCAUCUUCGGUCUCUUCAUCAUGGGUUACACCACGGCGCUCACGGUCAUGUCUUGGGCAUCGGGAGGCCCGAAGGAGCCAGGAUACUGUGAUGAAAGAUGA